AUAGGUACCUACUGUUACGUUCCUUUUAUUUUGUUAGUCUCAAAUUACCGCUGUAUGAAAUUAACAUGUCAAACUUUUUUAUUUAAUCUGAGGUCAAAAAUACUAUUUAACGAACGAUAAGGCAUGUAUCAUAUUCUCAGAAUUAUACUCUACAAGUUGUGGAUUGUAUCAACUUUAACUUUGUUUUCGAGUGUUAUUGUGUUUUGGUUUUAUGGUUUUAUCACAGCAUUUGCAGUUUUUGUUGUAGGAAUAUCAGGUAUAUUAUACAGCGCUCAAGACCUGCUGUUGUACUAUCCUAAUGACCCACCAGAUUCAAGAGUAUUUGUUUUACAACCUAGUAACUACAAACUUCCAUAUGAAAGCAUCAAGAUAAGUAACAAAGAUGGGUUUAAAAUACACUUGUUCCUUAUUAAACAACCUACAAAUUGUAAUCAUAGACCCACUUUGAUAUUCUUCCAUGGCAAUGCAGGAAAUAUGGGCCAGAGGCUUGCAAAUGUGUCUGGUUUUUAUCAUAAACUAAACAUCAAUAUUCUAAUGGUGGAAUAUCGAGGAUAUGGACUGUCAGAGGGUGCUCCAUCUGAGAGAGGCUUGUAUGUUGACGCACAGUCUGCAUUGGAUUACAUCAUGCAACGGUCUGACAUAGACCGCUCUAAGAUAAUUAUAUUUGGGCGCUCUUUAGGUGGAGCAGUUGCUAUUGACCUAACAUCAAGGCUGGAAUACAGAAACAAAAUAUGGGCUUUAAUUGUAGAAAACACUUUUACCAGUAUACCUGAUAUGGCACAGAUCAUACUUAAGUGGAAGUGCUUGUCAUGGCUUCCACAAUUUUGUCAUAAAAAUAAGUACAUGUCUGCAAAAAAGAUAGCUUCGAUAUUGACUCCCACGCUUGUGUUAUGUGGGUCGAACGACGCGUUGGUGCCACCAUCAAUGGCGCAGGAACUAUACAUGAGAUGUGGCGCCAUUUGCAAAAAGUUGGUAGUGUUGCCAGGCGGUGGGCACGAUGACACUUGGACAUGCAGGGAUUACUACAGUUCCGUGCAACAGUUUCUGAUAAACGUCCCACCAAUUCCUGAGGAUAUUAUCACUUUCUUUGAUGACGUAUCAAAGGACUCUUCCAGUAGAAAUACUUCAGUUCACACCGUAUGAAAACUUAUAACUAUACUUUCAAUGCUCAGGUUCCUUUGUUAACGCGCUACACCUUCGAACACAUCUUAUUUUAUAAAUAAGUUGGUAUGUCGAAAUUUUUAUGAGCCUGAAAAGUAUUAGUUAAAUAGUUACCUAAUUAAAUUUUAAGGGAGCGGAGACAGGGUAUAGUGCUUAAAAAGGGUGCGUAAAACCGUGCAAAGGGUGAAAACGGAAUCCUAUUGUUAUCACUGUGUUGUCUGUCUGUCAGUUUGUCCGUCCGUAUGUCACGGGUCCCUAGAUCGUAAACGGAUUGAGUUACAGAACUGGAAUUUUGGUAUUUUGUAAAAUGCAUGCCCAAAACCGAAUAUUUAUUUGAUAAUUCAAUUAAACUAUUUUUUAUGGCAUGAAAAUUAGAAGAUCUUUUUAUUUCGCUGAUCAGCUAUAAGACCGUCCA